GGAAAAAAGUAGUAAAGCACGUGUGUUGAUCCCACGAACGAGAGUCAGUUCGAAGUUCUCGGCGUCAUGGAUCAUGAACCGAUUCUACAGUCUGACGUAUUAGCUCAGGCCAGUUCGUCUGAAAGAGAGCCGACCAAUCAGCAUGAAAUGUUUCCACCAAGUGGCAAUACAGCAACACGAUACGUCAGAUCUCCAUACAGUCAACCAUCUCCAGCCAUUUAUAAUCAGCCUCGUGCUCAGGGGCCACUGGAUGCUCUACUUUCGGGACCAUACGGCGCAUCUCUACGAACACAACAUCCUCAUUCUCACAGGAAACUUGUUAACAAACUGUCAGCAGCAGGAGCAAGUUCUUAUGCUGCAUGUCAAAACAGAGUGCAGACAGUAUCGGGUGGCAUCAUGUCACUGGAUGAUUUGCUGCGUCGUCUUGUCAUGGAAGAUGAACAAGUGUUGACUGCUCCCGAUAAGCAGGUCAAGUUCACAAAGUUGACAGUUUUUGAUGCCCAUGAAAAGGAAAUACGCAGUCUUCCUGCUGGUCGUGCUCUCAUUACCAACAAACGCAUCCUUUUCAUCUCAUCAGGCGUCCAACAAAACACUUGGCUUGAUACUACAACCACUCAAAAUUUCCAAGCAAAAUCCUCGUUUGGUGACAAGUUCUUGUACUUGCCAAUUGCCUUACAUUGCGUACGCACUGUAGAAAUGCUAUCGGACACCUCUGUUCUGUCCACCACUGAUGUUCUGGGCAUACCACCAUGCUGUGGAGGACACUGCUUCUGUUGUGAGUGUCUGUGCUCCAAUGCUGUGACCACUUGGGUGGUCACUGAUCCUCUGCUGGGAAGUACCAGUUUGCGUGUCAUUCGUGUUGGUGUGAUGAUAUCACCAACCGAUCAGAAGAUGUACAAACUAGACCUCAGUCCCAGCUCUCCACUCAACGUUGCCACCGAUUUUGUGGCAGCUCUACAGAAACACUCACGAGACCUUCACUAGACUGCUACAACAUUAGCUAAUGAAUGCACACUAGCUGAUUGAUGUAUUCUCGUUUUGGUAGCGAUUAGUUUGCAACAGGCACACAACAUGUCCUGUUGCCAUGUUCAAGUUGCAGUCCAUUCCAAUAUCAAAUAAAUUCCAUUAAAGACCCAAA